GCAGUGUGAUGGUUCAUAUGCUUCAUGCUGUUUUGCCCAGAUUCUUCUCCCUCCACCUCCCCCGAAGUCUUCUGAGGACUGACCUCUCCCUUUCACCUGUCCUUUUCAGAGAUGAGUGAACACAAUAUAGCCUCUGAAGAAAUGAAAUUUCCCAACGCAUUGCAGAAGCAGAAGAGAAGACAUACAAAAGUGAAGAGAGAAGAUUGCUCAGUUCUUCCCUGGCCGUUAUUUGCUGGAACUCUGGCCAUCUUGUCCCUCGGACUCAUGGCCUCCAUAGUAGUAAUCACUGUCCUGAUUACGAACCACUCUUCCAACCAAGGACAUCAAAGCCUUCCUGCACUUCCAAACAACACCACAUCCCAGAGAGAUUGUUAUAAUGGCACUUGCUCAGAAAACUGGAUUUGGAGUAGAGGGAGCUGCUAUUAUAUUUCCAAAGAAAGCAAGCCUUGGCCAAACAGUCAAGCUGCCUGCAAGAAAAAGAAUUCCAGUCUCCUGAAGAUAGACAGCAGAGAAGAGUUAGAAAGUUUCCUGAAAUACCUGAAAGCGUCCUAUUGGGUUGGGCUGUCUCAUAACGGCACAGCAGGGCCCUCGCUGUGGGAGGACGCUUCUGCUCUCUCACAGGACAAGUUAACAGUGAUUAACCUUUCCCAUAAAGGAAACUGUGCCUAUUUUGGAAUGGGACUCUAUGUCUUUUAUGAACACUGUGAUGCAUCAAAUACUUACAUUUGUGAACAGAUGGCAAUGUAG